UUAUUUCUAUGUGUAGGAAUAACCAAUAAGAACACAAUAAAAUGAAGCACUACUCAGUUUUAUGAUAUAACAAAAGAUAAACAGUUGAGUUGAUUUAAAAUCUCUGUCACUAUUUAUGCAUUUCAAAAAAUAUUGAAUGGCAUUUCUACACAUUCACAGGUAAAUAUAGAUGAAUCUAACAGACAAACAUCUUCAUCUUCAAAUUUUUUUCAUCGACAGUCUGCUCAACUUUUUCAACUAGAAUAAAUGAGUAGUUGCCGUGUUCUUGAAAUCCCCUACAACACUGACAUAUCAAAGUGGAGAUAUUCUGAUAAUUUUCGACUAUUGACGUUUAUGAGAAGACUGAUAACAUAUUCUCGUAUCAUUUUUAUAUUGAAUGUAUUCGCAAUUGUUGUUUCUCAACUGGGGAUUGCAUUCGGUCUGACAAGUUUAAUCACACAAGUGUAUGUUGCAAAUCGCGUUAAAUCUCCUUGAAAAAUUAUUCUUCAGGGUAGAUAUUUCAUUUUGGGUCAAAACUAACCCUAUAUAUCUGUAUGUGAUCAGCGCGAUCUACUUUGUCCUCGAGAUAGUGUGGGCGUUUGUGAAACCAGUUUCAGCAGUAUUCCCUUGGAAUCUUGUGUAUUUGAUGGUAAUGACACUCCUGUCCUCUUACAUAAUUGCAGCUGAAUCCGAAGAAUACACUGACGAUGUCCCAUUCAUUGCAUUCGCAUUCAUGUGGACGAUGUUGCAAGUCAUUGUGUCAUUCGCAAUGUUCAUCAUGAAUGACUUCACUGAAACUGCACUAACCAGGAUAGUGAAUGUGGUGUAUGCUGUAACUAUAUUGGUGGGUCAAAUCGCUUUCUUUUUGAGAAAUCAAACUAAAAUUCCUUUACUUAUCGCUGGGACUAUUGGAUUUCCAUGCACAUGUUAUCUGCUUGUAAAAGAGGUGAAGUGGGUGUUCGGACAAGGCAAAUAUUUCUAUCCAGAAAACAAUGUUGUCCGUCCAGCCAGAAAUAUUUAUGGUUACUGUUGGAGUUUAUUUCUAACGAUUCUAUGGGUCUACGCAUACAGUGGAAUGAGAGUUACUUUUAGCAAUUUGAUGAUUUCAUGAAUUCAAUGAAACUACUGACCAUAAUUGCUAUAUUUUAAACAGAACUAGAACAAAUCAGUAAGAGUUAAAUACCAUCGUGUACAUUGUAAAAUUAAUACAACGUUUCCA